CGGUCGAUGGUUAUCCAUGAGAAACGAGAGUUGUUAACCUUUCACUGUUGGUUAUUAUUUGGGCGUUUUUGCUUUCAUCGCCGAGAUGGCUAUGUUACGGGCCGCUAUAACUGUUCUUAGCCUGGUGCAAUUUUUGAGUUUAAAAACAAGCCUGGGUAGCCGCGAAAUACGUUUUGAUGGUGACGACUUUGUAUCCUUUAACUUGACGCACAGGCGGCGAUUGCAUACUCUGAGGGAACACGAACUCAGGUUUGAAUUCAAGACCAUCCAUCCAAGUGGUAUGUUGGUUUACAUUGGUAGUGAGUUGGAAAAAAGAGAUUUUCUGAUGGUUGAUUUAGUCUGCGGAAAGCUGAGAAUCACCGUCAAUAUGGGUGACGGUAUCCCUACUCCAAAUGGUCACCUGGUCCUGGAAGAAAAUUUAGCGGAUGGCCGCUGGCAUAUCAUUCGACUGCGCUUGAUGGACAAGGAGUUAAAAAUCAAUUACGGGGAGGAAAUACACCGCCUUGUAUUGAAGAGUAAAUACACUUUUAAUGUUGAAGGUUUUCUCUACGUUGGAGGUAUACCGCAACACACAUGGAAUGUAUUAACAGAUUACAAGCCAUCUUCAAAUCUAAGAGGGUGCCUUCGAUAUGUGAAUUUUGACAGAAAGCAAGUUUUGCCAAGCCCUACAAAAGUGCGCACAAAAUACAGAGUUUACGGUUCACCUGGAAAUAAUUGCCCGCGUGAGCAAUUUGAAACUGUGAGCUUUCAGUCACCAGAUUCUUAUCUGUUUAUGCCAUCGCCGGGAAAAGACGUCUUCAAUGUCCAGAUGCAGUUUCGCACUUAUAUUGCGAACAGCGUGUUAGCGCACAAAUUCGACUCAACAGUGAGAGUUAAUGUGUUAUUGCGUGACGGGAGAGUGGUUCUGGAUGUUUUGGUGGUUGGAGUGAGCCAUCUGCCGCAGCUUAUUCAGGGAGAGAGUUUAAACGACGGAGAGUGGCAUUUUCUUUCGGUGAUUGUCAACAACACAGAUGUGAAGUUGAAACUGGAUAAACUAGCAGAAUUGAGGCACGAAAAUCCGUUGUUGAAGAACGUCACGAAGUGUAAAAAGAAAGUCUUCAUAGGGCGUACCUAUGACAAUGACAGACCAAACUUUGUCGGCUGCAUCCACGAUUUGCGUGUGGAUGACGAGAAAGUCAAGCUACGCCCAGUUCUAUGGAGCCGUUACGCUUUCAGAAAGGUGUACAAUCGUUGCAACGUCUCAAGUCGUUGUUUCCCGAACCCGUGCCGACACGGUGGUGAGUGUAGCGAUUUGCCGAGUGGUGAUUUCUCUUGCGAUUGCCAAAAGACAUUUCACCGUGGUCGAUUCUGCGAAACGCCGAUAUACUUAAGGACCUGUCAGGAGUACAAAGAUCUGGGCUUGACCGAUGAUGCGGAUUGUAAAGUGGACCCUGACGAUGAAGGGCCAAUCGAAGCCCUGGACGUCCUUUGCAACAUGAGGGAUCAAGAAGAAGCAGUAACGUUGAUCUAUCACAGCAGAGUGGGACCUCAACCCGUUUUAUCCCCGAAAUCUAGCGACUUUUCACUCUACUUUCAUCCUUUGAAAUAUUCAGAUCUUAAUGGAAUCAAGGCUCUGAUAGCACAAAGCGAGAGAUGUCGUCAGUUGGUUAGUUUUAACUGUUUCAACUCAAAACUUCUUCAAUCGCCGGUGGGUCCGGCUGUGGUGAGUUGGUCAGGAGGAGGAGAUCUGGAACUUGUGUCCGACUACUGGCCAGGUGCGCCUGCAGGAAGCAUGAGGUGUGCAUGUGGUGUAAACAGAACCUGCUCGGAUCCAGGACUUGCGUGCAACUGUGACAUUGGAGACGAGAAAUGGAGAGAAGACAAAGGCUAUGUUACUGACCGCGCUAAGCUGCCCGUGACUUAUCUUCAAUUUUCCGAGUCUGCUGCGCGAUCAAAUUUUACUGUUGGGCCACUGGAAUGCUUUGGAACUCUAAAGAACGGUAGAGAAUUGUCCCUACAGGCACAACGAGAUGCCUCACGCUUCCUGUAUUCUCUGUGUCGUCCUGUGAAUCCAACUUCCCCGGAACCUCACCCCAGUUCAACGUCCAUUUCGACUUGGGAAGUUCAAGAGGAGACUACUUCGCAUCCACACGCAGAAUUGUCCACAAAGGGAGAACGAACAGGCGAAGUCAUCACGUCGAAACCAACCAUGGCACACGCAGCAAUUACCACUGUCUACCGCAUCUCUUCACCAAUCACUUUUCAUGAAACGACGCAAACUGUCUCAGAUGUAAACCUUCACGAAGUCAGGGAGAGUGAAACGACCGCCAGUGCUGCCAUGUCUCCUACAAUAGAGCGCCCUGUCUUGGUCUCUUCUGAAUCAUUCGGCUCAGCACUACCGCCAUCAAACAGUUCCCAUUGUUGCAGUGAUGGUACAGUUUCCUUUGAUCAAGAUGCGUCCACUGGAGAACGAACCGCUGUUGGAAUAUCUUGGCAAAUAAUGGUGGCCUGGGUGCUUAUGAUCGUUGUUUUUGUCAUGUUUGUCCUUGGCAUUUUUAUUUUCAUGAAACGCGCCAAUCGAAGAAUGUUGCCAAGGUGUGGGUUUUGGGGAGUCAGUAAACAGAAGAAGCAACAAUCUUUGGCACAAGAAGAGCACGGUUUUCCCGAGGUAAGGCUGAGGUCGCGCUCUGGCGAGUUGAAGUUGUCCGAAGUUCGUCGCUCUAUCGAUGCCGGAAGUUAUAACGUGAGAACCGGCAUAGUUGCAUACGGAGAACCCUUCUACUCAUAGAAGAGUACACAUUGGAGCAGAAACAGUUUAUUGAUGUUGGGUUCACCUGAACUUUGGGUCAGUUAACGUUGGGUUACGUGUUUCUAAGUAUAUAAAGCAACUCAAGCCUUUGCCUUGUACAUCAAUGAGGAGUGUGCUAUUGCCAUUUGGCAAAUUAGUUGCACAGCCUGUGUUAAUUUUGUUAUUAAUAUAAGUUUUGGUUGGAACCAGGGUUUGACACAAACUGAUACGGUGGACAUAUAUGAAACGACCGCAGUACUACAGAAUCCUCUGCCGAGGAAACUAGGGAGCAGUGUUUUUUUUUUAAGAUAUACAUUUACUUACUGUUUCUUUAUUUCUAAAAUAAAGUUUUUGAAGGUUUCAGCAAAAACUGUAAGAGGCACAUACAACUCAAAUAAAAGGAUAGUCCGUGAAACACUUCCA